CUUAAACUCUGUAGUAUUUCUGUAGAAUUUCAUCACUCACGUCUUACGUUUAGGUGGUUAGGGCGCGUGCGCAAAUCACUCGUAAUAGAAACAAACGUAAAAUGUAAUUGGCCUCGGCUUUAUUCUCAAUGCAUUGACUUUGUGUUAUUUUCUUUUAUUGGCGUGCAUUUUCUCCAUGAACAUUUUCAGGUUGUGUUUUGUGUUUUUUUUAAAUAGAUUUUGCACACUCGUGUUUUCCUUUUUUGGCAACACACGUUACGGGUCUCACGUUCCCUGCUGUCUACCCAGGAUUCAUGGCCGGUCGUUAACAUGGCGGCGCUUGUAGGGAGUUUUUUGGGCUUUUUGCUCUAACAGUUUAUCCCCAUGUAAAUAUUGACAGGGGGUGUUGAUUGAGUAGUUUUAUGCUUCUCGCAACGGACAUGGGGUAGCUUUGUGUUGCCAAGUUUGUGUUUUCGUCCAAAAUGUACAGUUCAACUCUCAACAACGGCAUCAUGCGCUCGGAGGAAUGUUCUGGUAGCAGCAGCAACUUGUUGGUCCGGAACAACCUUAAACCUGUCAGGAUACGAGAGCUCGAGUGUGAAUAUAGUUUGCUAAGUUUGGCAAGCGAGGAAGACGGGGAUGUCCAGUUUGACACCUCUGACUCAGAUGAUAACCGUGAGGUACUGAUGGCUGGGCGGCAUUAUCCAUCGAUUCAAGAGUUUGCGUCAGCCAUCCCCAACCACCUCCUCCUGGGCUCUCUCCUGGAGCACCUGUGCUGCGUCUACGAGAGCAACCCGGCGCGCUCGCGCAUGCUCUUCAAAGUCAUUGGCCAGCGUUUAGCCGCCAUGAACCUCCUCUCGCCCUUGGCAAUUAGCGAUGAAUUCAGCACCGUUAGACUUCAGCACAACCGGGCCUUCACUGAGCUGCUUAACGCUGCAAGCUCAUCACUGUACCCGCAGGGCCAACGUCUCGGCGCGAAUUCUCACAAUCCAGCUUUAAGGUCAAAGGAGGGACUGUUUCAAGCUCAGGCCUCACGGUAUCUUAGUGAGUUUGAGGAAAUCUGCCGGCUUGGGAAAGGAUCGUACGGUAAUGUUUUUAAGGUUUUAAACAAACUGGAUGGACAAUAUUAUGCUGUGAAGAAAAUCCUCAUCAAACAAGUUUCUAAAGAGGACUGCAUGAAGGUCCUGAGGGAAGUGAAAGUGCUGUCCAGCCUGCAGCACGUAAAUGUCGUUGGCUAUCACACGGCGUGGAUGGAGCAUGUUCAGCCCACGACGUAUCCCGAGCCAUUCCUCCCAGCUCUGGAGUCCCCUGGACAACAAGACAGUCGCGACAACGCCGACUGCAGCAGCACCAGUUCCUCCAUAGUUUUCCAAAGCCACAGCAGAGCUUCCACAGACGGCGCGUCAAGUGCCCAAGAAACCCCAGGAGACGCACAGUCUGCGAAAGCCCUGGUUUCAGCCCAAGAGGGACACGUGGGCUGUCCGAAGACGACGCAGCGCCUCCCAGAGAACUACGUCCCCUGCGUGUUCCUGGGACAGCGAGGAGCCGCCAAAAACUCCAAAUGUCCCGGCAUGGACUGGGAUAGCUCUGCCAUCUUAGAGACGGAGUCCAGCAGGAGCAGCAACGAACUAAACAACAACUCUUGCGUCGAGAGCGAGUGUCAGCAGUGGACGGACAAACACAAGAGGAGGACCUCUAAAGAGGUGCAGUUCCACCUGAUGCUUUAUAUCCAGAUGCAGCUGUGCGAGCGCUCCCUGAAGGACUGGAUUUCUGAGAGAAACGCCAGGCCCCAAGAACAGCACAUCCCAACUUCUCCAUACAGCUGUGUUAAUACAGAACAAACUCUCAGCUUGCUGCGACACAUACUUGAAGGAGUGGAGUACAUCCAUUCCAGGGGAAUCAUGCACAGAGACCUGAAGCCAAGGAAUAUUUUCCUUCAUGGUCACGACUGUCGUGUUCGGAUUGGAGACUUUGGCCUGGCCUGUAGAGAUAUAAUCAUGGAUGGCAAUAGAAGUGUUGCCUCUCAUGGCCUAGAUUCCAACCACACUUCAGGUGUUGGCACAUUUGUGUAUGCUGCACCAGAACAACUGAAAGGAUCCCAUUAUGAUUCAAAGUCAGACAUGUACAGCAUCGGAAUUCUGGCUUUUGAGCUGUUCGAGCCUUUCGGAACAGAGAUGGAGCGGGUCCGGACCCUUGGAGAUCUGCGAGAAGGGAAGAUUCCAGACCAGUUCAGCCACAGGUGGCCAGUUCUGACCAAGUACAUCAUGAAGCUGACAAGUAAAGAGCCGAGUGAACGGCCCACAGCCAGCCAGCUCCUACAGAGUGAACUUUUCUGCAGCAAAGACAUGGUAAUCCAUGGUUUGCAGAGAAGGGUUGAAGAGCAGGAGGAGGAAAUAAUGCAGCUAAAGAUGCAGAUCAGUCGCCUCCAGAGCUCUCAAGUUACAGUUAGUUUCUCUGAGUUGGAUGAGACCUGAGCCUUUAAAAAAAAACACAAACAAAACUCAGACUGUCAAAACUUGAUUUACUCUGCCAUUAUUGUACCUGGUUGUGUGACUUGGUACAAGUGGCUAUGUGUGUGAACAUUUCGGUGUGUCUUGUACAAUUCAAUAUAGGGAUGCAAUAAUUACUUUCGCAUUUUUUUUCAGGUGCUUAAUAAAAUUUAUGUUGAAUCUACUGAUAGAAUUGAGAAGAUGUUUGUGAGA